AUGAGAAAGAAGGUGAAGUUGGCAUGGAUCGAGAAUGAGGCUGCGCGUAAGGCGAGCCUGCGAAAGAGGCGGCCGGGGCUAUUGAAGAGCGUCAGCGAGCUGACGACGCUGUGUGGGUUGGAGGGGAUGUGCUUGAUCUACGGCCCUGGGGAACAGCAUCCAACGGUGUGGCCGUCGCAUGAGGUGGCGGAGCAGUUGCUGAGGAGGUUUCUGUCGUUGCCGGAGAUCGAGCGGAGCAAGAAGAUGACCAACCAGGAAGGAUACUUGCUUGACGCCAUUCUCAAGGCGCAGGAGAACCACCGCAAGGAGCUCCGAAAGUUGCAGAACAUGGAGUUGUCGUGGCUCAUGGACGAGGUACUUCACCAAGCUAUGUAA